AUGAUAUUUAGUAAGGGUCAAGUGGAGAAUUAAGAAUUUUGGAACAAAACUGACAUUCCUACAUUUGAUUAAGAGGAUUUUUAAAAUAUUUAAGUGCUAAUGGGUAACUUUACGAAAGUUGGAAAGACUUUUAAAUAAAGAUGCGUCAGAACUUACUUUUUGGUCAAGCAAUUUCUACUCUAUUCUGAUGUAGGUAAAGGUAAUCGGAUUAAGGGAUUCGUGCAGCUAGACACAGUGUAUUGUUAAUUUCAUCAGUUUGAAUAAGGGUUGGAAAUAUCAUUAAUAAAUAAUGGUUAUUAAAUACAUCUAUAUACACACGAACUAUAGCAAUAUAAUAUAUGGGUGGAAGCAUUAUCUAACUGUUGUAUCCUAAGUGAUUUUGAUAAAACAUAUAAACUAGGAGCUUAGAUAGGUUAGGGAAGCUUCUCAACAGUUCAUUAAUGCUAAAAUAAAGAAGGGGAGAUUUUUGCUGUAAAAAUCAUCAAAAAACAAACAAUUAAAUAAAUUAACAAAAAUAAGAAUUACGAAGAAUAGUUAUUAAAUGAAAUAUAAGCUUUGCGCAUGUUUAAUCAUCCAAAUAUCUUAAAAUUAUUUAGGGUCUAUGAAAAUUAAUCAAAUAUAUAUUUGUUAACUGAAUAUAUAAAUGGUCCUGAAUUAGUAUCAUAGCAAUCAUCCAAGAAAAUUUACUCAUAAGAGGAUCUAAGAAUAAUGAUUUUUAAAAUACUCAGUGCGAUAGAGUAGAUUCAUUAAUAAAAAGUUAUGCAUAGAGAUAUUAAACCAUAGAACAUUUUACUUAGUGGGAAUGACAUAUAGAAACCUGUUAUUAUUGAUUUUGGAUUAGCAGCUUUUACUUGCUAAAAACAAAUACCAUUUCCCUAAUGUGGAAGUCCAGGAUAUUCUGCUCCUGAAGUAUUAAAAUAUGAAGAAUCUAAGAAAACUUAUAAUUAACAAUGUGAUAUUUUUAGUAUUGGAAUAACAUUAUUUGUUAUAUUAUAUGGAUAUAAUCCAUUUAAAUAAAAUGAUUUAAAAUCAACUAUCAAGAAAAACACAGAGGCUUAUUUUGAAAUACCUGCAUCCAAAUAUCCAAAAACAUAGAAUUUGAUUUGUUAAAUGACAAAGAAAUAUCCAAAGGACAGAAUAACGAUAAGUGAAGCUUUAAAUCAUUCAUUUUUUAAAACGCCCUUUUUUUGUUAAAUAUCAUUACCCAAAUAAAUUGUAUCAAAACAAUAUCACGAUAUUAAUGCAAAAGGUGAAACACAUGUGCAUAUGCAUGCCAGUAUGGAAAUGGAUUAAGGAAUUCAUUAUGUUAGUUAAGCAAAUACAUAAACUACUCCUUAAAAUUUUGGUAAUAAAAACAGAACAAUUUCAAUUUUGAGUGUUCCUAUCAGUCGAAAAAGUUAAGAAUGUUUAAAACAAUAAGAAAUCAGUUCUUUUUCUAAAGCAUCAAACGAAAAAGAACAGAACUAGGUUGAUAAAUAUGGUAUUCGUCUUCCAUCUAAAACUUUGCCUUAACAAAAAAAUCAGUAAUAUGAAUUUGAAGACGAAUACCAACUUAACAACUAUGAACAUGAUAAUAAUUUCGUUGAUCAAGAGCAUUUACAUAAACUCAACUUCUCGAUUAAUUCAAAAUUAUUCUAAACAUCUAAACUUAAUAUCCAUAAAAAUGAUAAUUGUUUAUGA